CAUAUUAAUGACGCCCGACUUCAUGAAAACUUUUACUGCUCAGUCAGCUAAUCAAGAUGUGUGAUCAAAUUCAGGAGUACUUUGACUAUGUCCUGCCGCUGGUGAAAGAGUCGGGUAAAGAGCUACUGACGGCCGAAAAUUAUGAAGUGGAAACGAAGGGAUUCGUGUACGAUCUGGUGACGAUAUACGAUAGGAAAAUCGAGGAAAUUCUCAUUAACAGGAUCAAGGAAAAAUGGCCACAACACAAGUUUAUUGGCGAGGAAGAAUCCGAGGUGAACGGUAUAAAAAAACUGACAGAUGACCCCACUUGGAUCAUAGACCCCAUAGACGGAACAGCGAAUUUUGUAAGGGGAUUGAAGAUCACCUGUGUCUCCAUAGGUUUAGUCAUUAAAAAAGUACAAAUGUUGGGAAUAGUCUACAAUCCAUUCUUAGACGAAUUGUAUACGGCCAUUAAAGGACAAGGGGCUUUUCUGAAUGGCAAAAAAAUAUCCACUAGUGGCCAGACUGAAAUUGGCCAGACCAUAUUCAACUAUGAGAUGUCACUGGCAAGGCGUCCAAAAUAUUACGACCUGUAUAUGUACAGGUUUAAGCAUUUAAUAAAAGUUAUAAUGGGAUUCAGAUCUUUAGGAUGUGCCGUUCUGGGACUCUGCUACGUGGCUGAUGGGCGAUUAGACGCCUAUCAGUGUGAUGGGUUAUACCCCUGGGAUGCCGCGGCAGGAGUUCUAAUAGUUAGAGAAGCAGGCGGAUUUGUAUGCGAUUCGAGGGGUAAAGAGUUCAACUUGAUGGAUCCAAACUUCCUGGCAACGGCCACAAAAUCAUUGUCCGAUCAAUUUAUGGUUAUCGAACGCAAAGCAGACGAGGAGCGAAUAAACGACAGAAACGCAUCGAAGCAAUAAAUACUAUAUUAAGAAAAUUAAGAAAAUAAUAUUCAUUAGACUUUGCAAAUUGAUAUGCACUUAGUAUACACAGGGUGUCCCUAAAAUAGAAAGCCUAUUGCUGUAUAGCCCUCUCGAUGUGAUACCGCGAACCAAUGUUAAUUAUAUCUUUUGAUGGCUUGAACUAGAGAUGUCUUACUUGGUACACAUCUUAUAUUUACGUGUAAGAAAA